AUGGCCCUCACUCGAUCAUUCACCUUCCCUCUGUCCCACACUGAAGAGAGCUCCCGGACACCACCCUUUUCCCUCAAUCACGAGGACGUCGGAAGGCUACUGUCAUGCAGAGCUUUUCAAGCCAUUCGUGGCUUCCUAACAAGCCGACACGGUGAUAGUUUUUGUCUGCAUCACCAGCCAACCAGCAAAGCACACGAAGAAGCAUGGCUGUUGCAGCGCGACAUCACUUACGCUUUGAUCCUCCCUCUACUCGAGAUUCAACGCUAUGCUACUCAGCUAGCCAUAUCCAUGCUAGGAGAUCGCAACAUAUUUGACCUAGAGUUGGUCUUUCGUGGGGAGGCUCGGGGAGCCUUCGCGUGGCUACAGUGCUUCAUCGCAGAAGAGGAGGAAUGGUGCUCCGUACAAGGCUGUCCAGCGUGCGUUGUCAGCCACGUCCUAGAGGCUGAGCCGACCAUCAGGAUUAUCGUCACCGCAUGUCGGCUCGCGUCCUCACUCCGGAGGGUUAGUGAUCCGACGCCAGGUGAAGAUCCGAGCUCCCUUCCCGUCUUUGACUUCUGGCUUUCCUCCUUACGGACGGCUUUGGACGAGGACCCUUUCUGGGGACCGGAUAUUUGGAAAGAGCUUGAGCCCCGGGCAUCGAAUCUUGAGAAUGGUCUUCAUCAAAUGGUACGCCAGUGCAUCGAGUUCGAAGAGAUGCAAGCCACUAAGACCGUUCGGCAACCCGAGCUUGCUCCAAUCUCGGCUUCCGUGGGGGCUGCGGUACUGCCUGCCAAGUUAGCAACGUACAGAUCAGAUGGCAAGCGAAUGGUCUUCAUUGGUGAGGAGAGCAGCUGGAUGCAAAAGAUUGUGCUGGGCUGCUUGACCACCCUCCUUGCGGAUAUGGCGAACGUGGGGCGGACGCCCGGCGUUGCCGCUACAUUACAUGCGACGGCCGUCAUAUCGCCUCUAUCACAGCCUCUGAGCUCAUAA